CUCCAAGAUGGCAACCUCGAUCAGAUGUAGGUCUCGGAAAGGCAAUUCUGAAAAGUCUUGGCAACACUUUCUGAUGGCCCCCUUUCCAGACGUGACUCCAGCUUGUCGAAAACGUCCGCAUUCGAGCCCCGUACCUGCCAAAUCUAAUGAAAUUGCUGGGCUCGUAUCACCGACAGCUGCGCAUCGAAAUCGAAGAUGAAAAGAGUCUUACAAUCGGAGGAUCGGAGACUCACUGCAUAAAAGGAAAUAAGCGGACUUGAAAUAUCUUUGGGUUCUCCAGGAAUAUAAUAUGCUAGAGUCCCCUUCGUUCUAGACACUCACCAAUCACUGUUUUCAAAAACGCAUCAUCUCCGAGUUCUUUACCGCCAUCUCUUGAUUAUUCCAUAGCCAGUCUUGUCUCUUCAAUCUAGCCCAUCAUGGUCGCUUCCAAGAAUAUGCCCCGCUUCCCGGACAACUUCUUCAAGGUCUUCUGGAACAAUCAAUUUCGAGUCAAAAUCGAACUCCCGACUCGAAGCAAGUAUCCAAGCUUGGCAGGCAAAGUCGCAAUUAUCACAGGUGCCAACAGUGGUCUUGGAUUUGAAUCGGCAAGGCAGCUCCUUACUCUUGGCUUGUCCCAUCUUGUAGUAGCUGUACGGUCUAUCGAGAAGGGGAAUGCCGCGGCUUCGAAACUAAAACUUGCAAGCCCAAAAGCAACCAUUGAUGUCUGGCAGCUGGACAUGGAAUCCUACGACUCUAUCCAGUCAUUCGUCAAGAAAUGCGACACCACACUCUCACGCAUCGACUACGUAAUCUUGAAUGCUGGAGUCGGCCCUCUCAGAUUUGGCAUAUCAAGCUCCACUGGACAUGAGACUGCCAUCCAAGUUAACUUUCUCAGCACAGUUUUACUGGCAAUUCUCUUGCUUCCAGUCCUGAAAGCAAAGUCGACCCGCGAUAUGCCAGCACAUAUGACGAUCGUCAAUUCGGUUCUGGCUCAUACAUGUAAAUUCCCGAAUCGUGAUCAGCGACCUCUUCUACCUUCCUUCGAUGAUACCAAGAUUACUCCAUGGGAUCCAAGUGAGCGAUACGGAGUGUCGAAACUUCUGACCCAGCUCUUUCUGGUUGAGUUGACGGAGCAUGUCAAGUCCGACGACGUUAUCAUCAAUAUGGUCGAUCCAGGCGCAACAAAGGGAACAGGCCUUGGUCGAGAUGUGGGAGGCAUGCUGUUGAUUGGGUAUAAACUGUUUCAAGUAAUCGCAGCUAGACCUGUUGACAGAGGCGCCGCGACAUAUGUCGAUGCUUUGUUAGGUCACGGUAAGGAGUCGCAUGGAUGCUUUUUGAUGAAUACCGAGAUCGCACCACUCGCAACUUUCUACCAUACCGCCGAUGGGAAGAAGGCGACUCAACAAAUUUGGGAAGAAACAAUGAAGGAGCUGAGCUUUGCUCAUGUGAAGGAGAUUAUUGCUUCUAUGGAAUAGAAAUGUCAAGGUCGCACCAUCUACUUCUUGUUUUGUUUGUCGG